CGUCUGUAGUCUGUACUGAUCGAAAAUCUUUCCGAUGGUCCGUAGUGGAAGCUAUCAAAAGCUCUCCCUCUGUCUGUCUGUCUGUCUGUCUGUCUCUGUCUCUUUCUAGGGUUUCACUCUCAGUUCAAGCUUCUGCAUUUACUGUCGUCUCUGUCUUCUUCAUUUCCCUUUCGAGCUUCUGAAGAUAAAAGGGCCGGUGAGCUGAAUCAGCGAGGAAUGAGCUAAAGAGUCUCAGAUUUGAGAGAUCUAGUGUGGCAUCGGAACAAUGCCGAGGCAAAUUGGUGAAAUGGAUGAUUUGAUCAAUGGGAAGAUCAGAAAGCGCGGGUGUUCGUCUUCCGCCUCGUCCUCUUCGUCGAUAAUCCAAAACUACAGGCUCAAGAAGGCCGUUCUAGUCGGGAAAAGGGGUGGGUCGAGUACUCCCGUGCCCACAUGGAGGCUGAGGAAUUCGCGAUCCCCAUCGGUCGCGCUGCGGGCCGUGGAUUCCCCCCAGCACGCCGGAUCCCAGAGUGGGAGAUCGAAGGUCCAAGCUCCGGUGUCUGCAAGGAAGCUUGCUGCAACUCUGUGGGAGAUGAAUGAGAUCCCAUCUCCACGGAUGAAGGAUGGAUUAAUGGAGAGAAGACUGAAAAAGGAAUCCAGGGGGAGGGAGAAGAUCCCGAGGUCCACACACUUGGGCCCGCUGCCUCCGCAUUUGUCUGAUCCAUCUCAUAGCCCUGUCUCUGAGAGAACUGAUCGAUCGGGGACAGGCAGUCACCGGAGAAGAACACCAUCAAUCUCCCAUCGGCUUAGGUCGACCGAACCUAGUGGGAGAGUUUCAGGUUCGCUCAGCAAUGCCAGUUUAAUGGAAAUUGAAACUCGCUCCCGGGCCCAGACUCCUCGUGGGUCCACUGCUGGAGUUAAACCUCGUCUGAAGGAUGUAAGCAACGCUCUAACUACAUCAAAGGAGCUUCUCAAGAUAAUAAAUCGCAUAUGGGGUCAUGAAGAUCGACCUUCUUCCAACAUGUCUCUGAUCUCAGCUUUGCAUGCUGAGCUGGAGAGAGCCCGCUUGCUGGUGAACCAGCUUAUCCAAGAGCAUCGCUCCGAUGAGAACGAGAUCAACUACCUGAUGAAGUGUUUCGCGGAGGAGAAGGCUGCAUGGAAGAGCAAAGAGAGAAAGGGGGUUGAGGCUGCUAUGGAGCCUGUUGUUGGAGAACUCGAGGUAGAGAGAAAGUUGAGGAGACGUUUUGAGAGCUUAAACAAGAAGCUCGGGAGAGAACUAGCUGAUGCAAAGGCUUGUCUUCUCAAGGCAGUGAAAGAACUUGAGAGCGAGAAGAGGGCGAGAGAGAUAAUGGAACAAGUGUGUGAUGAGCUGGCUGGUGAUAUUGGCGUGGGUGAAGAGAGAACGCAGGAUCUCAAAAUAGAGCCUGAGGCGGUGAAAGCUUGUGAAGAGGUGGAGAAGGAAAGGGAAAGGGAAAGGGAAAGGGAGAUGAUGAAGUUGGCUGAGGUGUUGCAGGAGGAGAGGAGCCAGAUGAAGCUUUCCGAGGCUAAAUAUCAGGUACAGGAGAAAAACUCUGCCAUUGACAGUUUGAGGAAGCAGCUGGAAGCUUUCUUGGGAACCAAGAGAGGGAAAGGAAAAGGAAAUGGUCUUUCGAGUUACCAAGAUGAUGAAGAGGCCGCUGACUACUUCACCAGAUCUCGCCGUGGCACCCAUUAUGGAGAAGAAGGAAAGGAGGAUGCAGGAGAAGUGGUGGAUGGACUGGAGAGUGCAGAGGGCUCAGUUGAUAGUGAACUUCAUUCGAUAGAGUUAGACAUUGAUAACAGCAAAAGGAGCAGAUCCAAGUCGGCUCAUCCCAGGAGGGAUGUGCUCAAUGAAGAAAUAAGAGCAAGGAAGUCAACAUCGGGGAAAGCUUCGAGGAAAAGCGCCUUGCAGAGGAGUACAUCCGACGGAGUUGAGUGGGUUCAGAAUCAGAGGCUCUCAGAUCCACGGUAUGAGUUAGACUGGGAGAGAGUGGGGGAACGGGGCUACUUGGAUGAGAUGAAUAGAUACAAGUCAGACAAGGGGGUAAGGGACCGUUUGCUGUCUGGUCCCAGCAUAGUUUCUCCCAGGGCUUUCGCUAGUCCUGUAAGGCAGUGGGAGCAGAUGAGGUCCUCUCGGGAGCCUAGUCAUGAAAGGCCUCCCAUGGUCCCCAGCAGCGCCGGGAGGUCUAGGCUAGGUAGUGAAGUUGUUAGUAGAAAAGCUAGGCGGUGAAGAAUGCUCUCUACUCCGGAUGACUUGCCGCAAUUUUUCUUUGUCCAUCCAACAUUCGCGCUGGAGGCAUCACAACUUCAAGUCCCGGUCUUUUGCUCAGAGCAUUGUUACUCAGCUAACCACUCAAGAAGCUGAUCGUAAAGCUAUGAAGUCUAAGUACUGCUGUCUGGCUAGUGAUAUUUGUGUAAUUAUAUAUUAAUUAUGAAAACCGACUCUAAAUGGGAGUACUUGUUUAACAGUUUAUAUUGUUAUCCUAUACGAGACUCUUCUUCA